GUCAGUAAUUUAGUAAAAAAACAACAACAACCUGUGGUACUCAUGUUUUCGAAAAAAAAUGAUACUGUGAAAAAGCUUGAUAUAAGAGAACAGUUCUAGUUAGAAACUCAAAAAUGCUGCGGCAGGCAGUAAAAACUUGUUUGAAGAAACAAAACAGACUGUCCUUCAGUUCUUUACAAGUUACUGUAAGAAAGAUACAAACAUUGAAUAGCUGUAAGCCACAGAUCAUUAGAAGAAGGAAGAGGGGAGUAUUUGAGCACUAUUUAUGCAUGCAAAAUUUCCAUGCCACAGGGAUUUGGUUAUGCACAGUGAAAAAUGGUAACAGUGUGGUAGAGAAUAAAGGUUUAAAGGAUUGUGAUGUAACUCAUGAAAAUGUUGAAGUGUUAUUUGAUGGUAAAAAGGAAGACAAUGUUGCUAAGUCACUUAUUUUGAAUAAGAAAAACAAGAUCAAAUCAACUGACAUUGAAAAACUGUAUGGAAUUGAUACUGAUGAAGAAAGAGUAGAGGCAUUGUUUGAUUCUGAUGCUGAAACAUCCGAAGUAGUCUUGGUGCCAAUUAAAGGCAGAGAAAAGGUGAAAAGGAUCAAAAAUUAUCAAGCUAAGUCAUUGAUUGAUCCUAAAAACAUUUAUAAACCAAAGUCAGUCAUUAGAGAACUUGUAGAAAAGGAAAGUGGAACUCUGACGAGAGAAAGUGCUGAAUUUGAAGAAUCUAUACUGAAAUAUAAUUUAGAACAAGCCGAGAAAGGCAAUCUGAAGGUCAGUAAUGUUCAGAAAGUGACAUUUCCACAGUUAAAAAAUGUAGCACCUAUAGUGAAUGAUACAAAGGUCUUAAAGAAGAUGGUAGAUUUGGGUGUGAGUUUGUGGGUUGUUCAGAAAAAGGGAAUGAUUGACCAUGUUCUCAAUAUGAAUUUUGAAAAAGAUGUUGUUCCAUACAUCCUGUUUCUAAAAGAUACUGGAAUACCAGCAGAGAAGAUUGGUGAUGUGUUUACAGAGUGUCCAUGGAUUUUUCAGCAUGAUGUACAUAAUUUACAUGUUCGUGUAAACUACCUCCGGUCAAAGAAGUUCUCCAAGUCACAAGUAAUAAAAAUGAUUGACUGUGACCCAAGAUUCUUGUUAAUACCUAUGGAUAAGAUAGAUGCUAAGUUAGGAUUCUUGCAGCGUGAAUUUCAACUUACAGGAGCUGAAGUAAGGAAAAUAGCGAGUGAUAUGUCCAAGCUAAUCAUAGCAAAACCGGUUGUCAUCAAGGAAAACAAGUUUUUUCUAAAGAAAUCUCUCGAGUUUACAGAAAAUGAACUGAAGACACUGUUAUUGUCAUGUCCAGAAGUAUAUCUCAGAAAUUUUCAUCGUGUUGAACAAAUUUACAAUUACAUCCACGAUGUGAUGGAGAUACCACAAGACUUAAUCGUAAAGUUCGGAAAAUCGUUGAUCACUCUUCGUUACACUCUCGACACUCGGCACCGAUUCCUGGUGAAAUUAGGAAAGAAUCAGUACGAUCCCACAAAACCGAAUUAUGUUUCGUUGUAUGACAUCAUUGUGGAGGACGAUGAGGAGUUUUGUAAGGAAACGGCAAAAACAGCGGUGGCGGAAUUUAAUGCAUUUCUCAGACUAAUAUAAACAAAGUGUAUUCUAUAGAUGAGGGUGUCUUAGAUGGAGUGUUUAAGGUCAUUGACUGCAAAGCACUUGCCACUCACCCUGUGGGUUCGAAUUCUGGCAGGGACUUUGUAUUCUUUUAUGCCAGGAAGCUAUCCAGCUAGUUUAUUGAACGUCAGAGGUUC